AUGGAGGGCUUCGACACGCUCACCAUGUCGUACCUGGCCACCCCAAUGCCUAUCCAGACCGUGACAGGGCCCGACCAGCAGCUGUCUUUGCCCAUGGUGUCCAUGGAUCAGUACGACCAGCGCUCCGCCUACGAGGCUGAUACUUUUGCUGGCAGCGAAGACGCCUUCUCCACAUAUCACCUCCACCAACCACCACCACCCAUGAAGCGCUUCUCCAGUACCUACGAAGACCCUUUCUCCGACGUCCAAAGCGGAUACGAGCAGUCGAUCCACCCACACGAGCAGAGUGGCCUGCCCGAGAGCCCCAGUAUCGAGAGCAACAACAAGCUGCUUGGAUUCUCCCUCCCGAACGUGCCAUACACAAUACUGAGCUAUGCCAUGCAAAGAGUGUCGAUAUCCAUGUCAGCCCAGCUUCACGGCAUGUUCUUCCUUGCCGAGUCGCCCUGGGCCACAGCCAGCGAUGUACAGGCCCCGCCAACGGAAUUAACAUGCUACAGGAGGAAUCUCUUUCAGAUUACGGGCACCGUCACUCUGCCCAGAAAUCUGCAGUUGCUCAUGACUGACCAAGGCGACCAAAUACCCAUCCUCGGCCAGGAACUCACCAUAUCUGCUACCGAAUCGCUCGAAGGCAACCCCGUCAAGAUCAUCUCUGUGCCCUGGAAGACACCCGCGACCAGCAACGCGCCUUUGGAAGACAAGACGGAGAAGGAACCACCGACGUUUCCACUUGACCUAUCAACAGGCCAGGACAUGGAUUCCGAGUAUGUAAGCUGCCCCAUCAGCUGGAAGCGAUUGCAGUUCCGAAUAGCGACAGCAAACAAUGGUCGCAGAAAAGAGCUGCAGCAACACUUCGUCGUGCGCCUAAAAGUGGUGGCGACCCUAGCCACUGGCGCCAAAGUACCGAUAUGUGAAAUCCAUUCAGGUGCUAUCAUUGUGCGAGGCAGAAGUCCGCGCAAUUUCCAGUCCCGAAAGGACAUGCCCAUCAGUGGAGGAACCACUUCUGCAAGGAAAACACAUUUGCCUCAGCACCCAAGCAGGACGCCCACAGGCGAAACCGUCCAGGCGAACCCGUCAAAUCAGGGUCACACGCAGAAUCAGAAUGCGGCCACCUCAAAGCCGAUGGACAUGCUACAGAUGCCGUUCGACUUUAACGCGAAUGAAAUACCAGUCUCGCCAGACUUCCUCGACUGGAAGGUGCCAGCAGGAGCCUUGACUGCCAUACCACCCGACCCACCCUCAUCCCAAAUACCUCACGCCACCCCGUACGCACACUCGACGCCUGAGAUCUCAAGGAGCGUUCCUCCACUGCAACGAACCUCAAUAGCCCCCGUCACACUCUCACUAACCGAUGACGAGCCGAAGAAAGCACCUUCACCUAGCGAACAACAUAGAAAACGAGCCACCCCUGUGCGACCACCAUCAUUCUCGAUUGGCGUCAUCAACAGCCCAGAUGAGAGUGCCGAUCUGCUUUACGAGUACUUCCCGCUAGGCCUCGAUGACUGGAUGCCGCCUGUUGACGCUGUAUAUCGACCGCAUGUCGUUCACCAUACAAAUCUUCCGCAGGAUCCGAAGGCGCUUGCUGUGAAGAGUCGAUCGAAACGAUACUUUUCGGACGCUUGGUGA